AUGCGCAAUCUAGGACACUUUGUCCCACUCUGCGUCGUUUUCUUGACCUUUGUUAUCCUCGCCAAAGCAGUAGCACCAUCAGACUCUCCCCGCGAUGCAGAUACAGGGCAGUCGUCUUACGUCGGUGGCAACCACACUCUCGAUCCCGAAUCUGUCUCGCAGUUCAAACAGCUAUGGAAUGCUACCUUUAAUCCAGAUGAAAAGCACUGGGCUCGUCCGCUAGUCCACACGCUCUCCUCAUCUGGUCGCCAGAUCGUCUUCACUGCGUCGACGGAAAAUCGCGUCCGCACGUUCGAUGCAACAACAGGUGAGCUGCUCGUUGAGCGUCAGAUUCUGCCCCCUUGGCCCAUGGAGCAGGCGAACUGCACACAGCUGGCGAAGACAAUGGGUAUCAUGGGGACGCCUGUGAUAUACAUAGAGUAUGAAAUUGCCUUUUUCUACGUCAAGUCGUAUAUUGAGGACUAUCGAGUGCCUGGUGGUGCGAAGCCACCGCUGAAUGCCGUAUAUUAUUUGUACGCCGUGUAUUUAGAGACACUUCAGGAUUUGUACAAGUUUCCGCUUAUAAUAGAUGAUAUGCCGGCCGACAAUGAUCCACGAAAGAUGUUCCUGGGAGGCCUUGUGCUACAACGACCUUCGUUGCUACUGCUCGGCGAUAUGCUGUAUGCUGGCUUUGGAGGGCUGUGUGAUGCGUUCAAUUAUACCGGCUCUGUAGUCGCAGUCAACCUAGCCUCACGGAACAUUUAUCGCUGGACUACGCAAGCUGGUCCCCAGUCGCAAUACACUGAUGAUUGGACCCUGUGGCAUGGUGGUGGUGCUGGUGGUAUCUGGCAGGCUGGGAUGGGCCUUGCAUCCGACGGGAAGGAUGUUUACUUCACAAUCGACAAUGGUGCAGAAAUCAGGGGCUCGAACAUCUCUACCGCACCUGUGCCCGGCAGGACACAUCUCGAUAUCUUGUCUGAAUCUGUCACCCGAGUUACCCUCGACGAGGAAAGCGGAAAAGGCAUACAGCUCGUGGAUUGGUUCCGCCCUUUCGACUAUCAAGCACACAAUGGCCAGGACAUUGGAAGUGGCGGUUUCGCGGUCCUCGACGAGGCGUUCUUGACACCACAGAAGAAGCGCAUAGGAAUAGCAACAAGCAAGAACUCGAAACUGUACGUCCACGAUCUCGACAACCUCGGCGGCUAUCGACAAGGUCGUAAUGCCUCAGAUGGCGUUCUCCAGACCAUACAUCUUGACGGUGAGGUAUUUGGCGGAAUAGGCUUCUACCCCCUCGAAGGAGGCUACAUCUACGUGAACCCUGGUAACGCGCCUCUCGCCGCAUACAAAUUCACUCCCUCAAGCAAUUCCUCUCAGCUCUUCACCCUCGCUGGCAAAUCUUCUGCGUCCGGUCCACACCGGGGCAGCGUCGGUAUACCUACCAUAACCAGUAACCAAGGGAAACCAGGAAGCGGCAUCGUGUGGGUCACGGAGCCUGAAAAAGGCUUACUGGCGUUCAAGGCUGUCCCGGAAAAUGGUACGCUGGUUGAGCUGAAGUUGCCGAAGGUUCAAGGGGCAAAUGAGUAUGGGAGGCCGGUGUUUGGAGAUGGGAGGGUGUACAUUGUCGAUGGCCAGGGGAGAUUGAUCGCUUUGGGCGUGAAGUAG